AUUCAGUCAAAAAGAGAUGGCAACAUCUAAAACUAUGAGUCAAUUAAGAAGUGGAGAUGGUGACGACAGAGGCAUUCGUUGAUGGUGCUAUCAGUUGCCUUUUUGGUGGCAAACCAUGUAUAAUAGUACAUAUGCAUUGUAUACUUAAUGCAUACACAAUGAUAAUGAAUGUAUAAUACAUCCAGAGUGCAUAAUAUUGAUUAUACGUUGAAAAUAUAUUGUAUGCUCAAUGUAUAAAAUUGUAUAAUGUAAAUAUUUGAUAUAUAUUUACAAUAUAUAUAUAUAUAUAUUUGUGAAAAAACUUCAGGAGCAAAGAAAAUAGGGAGAUCUUCCUUUUCAGAUGUGAGUAUAAAAAUAAGGAAACAGAAGAAAAUCUUGGGAGCUUAGUAAGCAAUGUUGUUGAACUUAGCAGGAGGUUAUAGCCACACUAAUUAAUGGCUAUUUUUUGUAAAUUUAUUUUUAGAGCUGCAAAAAGUUAUAAACACUUUGGGCUCGAUUACAUGCGUUUUUUUUUUUAAAUAUCAAAUCGUACUAAAUUAAUUUUAUAUGAUAUUUUAAAAAGAAAAUAUCAAAAUUAUUGAAUUGAAAUUAUAGCAUAAAAAGAACAGAAAAGAGACAUAUAUACCUCUGAACUAUCAUAAAUUGUAUGCAUAUAUUCAUCGUUAUAUUUUGGGUAUAUAUACACCUUAGGUGAAGCACCAAAACAGGAUCGACUUUAGGGGCCUAAGCAUGUCAGAUGCCGUAAACUUGAGUGGCAAAAAAAAGCGGGACCUUACCUUUUUUUAUUCUAUCAAUCCCAAUCCUUUUACCCAUUAACAUCUUAAAAGAUUUCACAAAACCUUUAUCACUUAGUUUCGAUGUUUUGAUUAUCUCACUAAAAGUAACAGAACAAUUUUCUCAAGUUUUUUCUCUCGUUUUAGAAGCAAAAAGGGCUCGUGAAAUAGUUAUUUUUUUGGCUUGUAUAUAUCUUUUAUUCAAACAACAAGACUCGUAACUUAAUUCUUUGUGUUUAUUAUCUCUGAACUAUCAUAAAUGAUAUGCUUUGUUAUAGUUUGGGUAUUUAUAUAGAUUGAUGGUAGAAGUAUAUACGUAUCCAAAAUAUGAGAAGUGCGGAUUAUAAAAAAAAACAAAGUCCCUGGGCACAAAUGGAGAGUACCUAAAGAAGGCACAAAAGUAGCCAUCCUCACGUCUCCUUAAUAGUAAAUUAUUACUCUUAAUUUUUAACGCUUUGGAGUCGAAGAAGAAGAAGAAAGAAAGAAACAAAGAAAGAAAAACAAUCAACAUUACCCACACGAAAACUCACGUAAAUUCCUCUCCCUUUCCCUUUCAUUCUCCACGUAAUCCCUAGUAUUGCGGCGGCGACCGGUGACCGGUGACCGGAGACCGGAUACACCAGUAAUAUAUAUAUCGUCGUUAAUUGAUUAUCGAUUACAGGUUGACGGAAGUUUAUAGUUGUUGUUUUUUCAUUUUUUAUUGUAGGAGAAUAAACCUAGAAGGUUUUUUUGGGGGGGGGUUUAAAGGAUUCUUUAAGUGAAAAAGAUUGAUUUUUUACAAGUGGGUUUUUUGAAUUUUAGCUGGGUAAGCUGGUUUGAGCACCAGUCUCAUCAAAAGAAAGAAAAUUCAGUUUUCUCAGCUGGAUUUUCUUGGAAUUGGUGGAAAGGGAAUCUAGUUUCAGUGCUAUAUUCUAAUUGCUUGGUGCAUGGGGAAUGGUCAGGGUGUGUUUGCAUAUCGUCCGCGUACAUGAAUGAUGUUCAGUGGACAAAAAGGCGCUAAUGGCCUCAACAUAUUCAGAUGGAAAAGGCAUGGCGAAUCAUCAUUGAGAACAGGAUUGCUUGAUGAUGUGCAUCUUGAAAUUGAACUGUCGGACUAUCGCAGAGCACCAAGUCCAGGUAGUGAAAGCCCAUCUGGGUUUCUUAAUGGCGAGAGCGUGAAUGUUGAACCAAUUGCUGAUCUUGACUUGUUCUUUGAGAGGCUCUACAACUAUUAUUGUGAGAAAGGAUUAUGGUGCAUUAUUAUAAAGUGGAUAUUUGAGCUUCUGAGCCUAGCUUUCACAAUUUGCUUUUCUGGGUUUUUCCUGUUAUACGUUGAUUGGAAUGGGCUCCGCAACGCCAAAUGUGGAAUGGAUGCUGUGGAAUCUGGAAUUAAGCCUUGUGAUCUGGCCAAUGAAGCUCUUCAUCUGCACCCAUUGAAACCUCUUACGCUCUUCAAAGCCAUUGUGUUGGGUUACCUGGGGAUAUUUUCUAUCUACUGGAUAUUUUGCUUCUUAAGGUUUUUUGCACAGCUAAAAGAAACCCUGGCCAUACGUCAGUUCUACUAUAGAAGUCUUCAUGUGACAGACAAUGAGAUACAAACCAUUCCAUGGGCUUCCAUUCUUGAAAGGGUUGUUCAGUUACAAGAAUCGCAACAACUUUGUGUAGUCAAGAAUCUUUCUAUUCAUGAUGUGGUUAUGCGAUUAAUGCGGAAGGAAAAUUAUUUGAUAGGAAUGCUUAACAAAGGGCUCCUUGCUUUCCCUAUUUCUCACUGGGUACCUGGCGCUGGUCCAACUAUCAGUUGUGGCCCCAAUGAUGUGCAUAGUCGUCUAAUACUGACAAAAACCCUUGAAUGGACCUUAAAUUUUUGCAUACUGCAGAGCAUGUUUGACAGAAACUUUUGUAUACGGAGGGAGUUCAUUUCUGAUCCUAAAACAUUAAAGAAAAGGCUUGUGAUUGUUGGAGUUUUAAUGCUUCUUUUAUCUCCAUUUCUCGUCAUAUUCAUGCUGGUGUAUCUCUUCUUGAGGCAUGCUGAACAGUUCUACAACCAUCCAAGUACCGCAUCGUCUCGAAGAUGGUCAAAUCUUUCCAAGUGGAUGUUUAGAGAAUUCAACGAGGUUGACCAUUUGUUUAAGCAUCGCAUCUACAGCAGUGUCAUACAUGCUUCUGAUUAUCUAAAGCAAUUUCCAUCGCCUAUUAUAUCCAUCGUCGCAAAGUUCAUUUCUUUCGUUUCCGGUGGAUUUGCUGCUGUUCUUAUUAUCAUUGCAUUUCUAGAAGAAUCUUUGCUGGAAGGCCAUAUAUUUGGUCGCAACUUAUUCUGGUAUGCUGCUGUGUUUGGAACUAUAACAGCUAUAAGCCGGGCUGCAAUAACAGAUGAGCUUCUUGUCCUUGACCCGCAGGGAGCAAUGUCACUUGUUGUCCAACAUACACACUUUAUGCCAAAGAGAUGGCGAGGGAAAGAAAAUACUGAGGCUGUACGAACUGAGUUUGAAACUUUAUUUCAGUAUACUGGAAUGAUGUUACUUGAGGAGAUGGCCUCAAUUUUUCUUACACCAUGUCUACUGCUAUUUGUUGUCCCAAAGAAGGUAGAUGAUAUUUUGCGUUUCAUUGCGGACUUCACUGUGCAUGUUGAGGGUGUUGGUCAUGUGUGCAGCUUCAGCGUGUUUGAUUUUCAGAAUCAUGGCAAUAGCAAAUAUGGAUCACCAUUCAGUUCUCCUCGCUUGCAGAGAAGUUCUCAAGGAAAAAUGGAAAAAUCAUUCCUGAGCUUUCAAACUAGCUAUCCUUCUUGGAAACCUGAUGAGCAUGGAAAACAGUUCAUAUCAACACUCAAAACGUUUAGAGAGCAAAAGCUGCAGGUGCGUGAAAUGGGACCUACAUAUCGACCUUCAGAGUUUCAGCACUGGAAUCCUGAGUUUAGAGGAUCAAGUGAUAGGAACAACUUGUUCUCCAGGGAAAUGCCUCUCAACAACAUGGGAGCUGGAUUUGGCUCAAUGUGGUUAAUAGAUGGUGGACAGAGGACUUACCCUUACAUUCUUGAUUGGUAUUAUACCUCGCAUCCUCACAAUAUGAGUAGUGAUUCAAGAGGCAUUGAAUCCAGGCCUCAUCAUAGUGAUAAUGACGAACACCUUAAAGAUCCCUGGAUGCCACCUCAUUUUUUGCAAAGCAAGGAUACAGUUGACGACAACUGGGGGCACCUAUUUGAGGACCGUGCUCACAGUCAUCUCGAAGCUACCACAUCAGCUCCUGUUUUGAGGGAGAGCAUCCUACAUCAGGAUGAUUCAAGUAGCAUGGCACAAUCUCUGAGGAGCCAGUGGUGGACUAGAAGUCGACCACAAGUUACAGAUCCUCAAACAAGCUUCUUGGAGCCUCCAAAUUUCAACAGCAAUCCUCAUGAUUAUUACGAUAAUUUCUCUGAAAGAAGUCAAGAUGAGCACGUGCAGGACCAUGUUGACUUGAAGAAUUCUAAUAGGUUGGCCAAUACCAUCUUCAUGGACGAUUCGGUUGGAGAUUUCAACCUUCCUUUUGAUGAUAUUUACAGAAGGCCCUCAGCAAACCCCACAAGGAAGUUGGAUCCUUCAGAUCUUGUUUAGGUUACGUUUCACUAGACACUAGGAAAUGUUACGAAUUUCUGGGUUUCAAAGUUUUCUUUCAAGAAAGUUGUUCAUAAUUACAUUCUUUAUUGUGCAUAGUUAAUUGUGAGGUUAGAUUUCUGGAAAAGGGCCUCAGGUUUUUCUAGAAAUAGAUUGGAUUUGAAUGUCAUCAUUGAUCCCUCUUAAAAUGUAAGCACCUCUAGAGCUGCUAACAAUGGAAGACAUUCUCUGUACAUAAUGCAAUUUAGCAAGUAUUUCCUUUCCUGAUC